AUGGCGCCUAAAAAGAACAAGAAAGGAAACAAGUUGGCUCGGAUGAGCGACGAAGAAAAAUUGCGUUAUCUUCAGCAUCGGGCGGCCGUCGAGGAAGAGACGAAACGUCGGAAAGAGCAAUUGGUCGCCACUUACUUAAAGAACAAACUGAAACGAGAAGAAGCGUUCACCAGACUUAACACGGCCAAGCUCAACCAACAAUGGCGGCACAACUUGCGGCAGAUCAAGUGCAAGGAGUUGAAGGACGAGAUGGUGACGAUGGAGAACCGAUUCGAGAUAUUGUUGGAGUGCAAGACCAAUCACAUUGAAAUGCUGUUGAAAGACCUGGAAGACGCCGAAGAACAAAACCUCAAGCAGUAUGCGGCCCACGCCGAAAUCAUUUCGCAGUUUCUCAGUUUGCACGAGAAAACCAUGGAAGAAUUGCACAGUCGAUACGAGCGCGAAAAAGAUUUGCUGGUGGAAGAGAUGAAGGAGAACUUUGCUAGCAUAAGACACACGUUCACCAGAGACGAUCAAAGGUUGGAGCUAGUGUCGAUGACUUUCCAAGUGCGCAACGAGGAGACGACACAACAGAUAAACGCGGAUUUCGAAGAUUCCAUUGCUCUGCUCAAUAACGAGAUGUUAUUCGAAAAAGACCGUUUCACAAAAUUGCGGUACUCCGAAAUUCAGUCGGUGGUGGAGAAAUUUCAAAACGUCUUGGACGAUUAUUGCGGCGAGACGGAAACCAAAAGGAACCAUUACAAUUACCUGAAGACUCGCGACCAGGCUAGCACGUCGUCCAUCGAAGAUAACCACAAACGCAUAACAGAAUACUCGGAAGAAAUCAAAUUGCUAACUCAGUUGUGUGCCAAACGUGAGAUGCAAUACACUCGGCGGGAAAACGACUUGAAGCAGGAGCGCGACGACCUAAUUAAACGAGGUUUUGAAGCUCAAAAUCGUCUGAAUCUAAGUCAAAACGAUUACCAAAAGAAACUACAAACGAUGACGAAAAUAUACAAACAAGUCAUAGAGAAAUUAACAAAUAUUGCCGAAAAAGGCGAAAGAAUAAUUAAAACCGCCAACAAUUGCAGCAAGUUGAUAUUGGCCGACGACAAGUGUGCCGACUCGGAGGAAGACGAUUCUGGGACAGACUUUGACGUUAUGUCUUCGUUUUGGAAACGGUACGCCAGAGUGGACAUGCAACACCGGGAACUGAGCGUGAAACGAACGAGGUUGCUUCAAGAAAACAAAGAUUUAAAAGCUGCCCUGGCUUAUUACUUGAAAACAAUAGCUAGACCGGCGUCGGUUCAGAGGGACAUGAGGGACAAUGGGAUACAAUUACAUUUGCUUCCCGUUAAAGCAGGAUAAGCAGAAAUAAUACCACCUGUCAAACCUCCACCAAAUUUGAUGUAAACCAUUCCAAUGCACAGUUGACGAUUUUUUUUCUAGUAAAUAUUCACUAACGAGAUAGUUCUUGCACUAUACUGUUAUACUGGUCACCAUAACCGUCACACUCUAUACCUAAUUAGGUUGGUUCUCACUUUGAGUUUGGUGGUAAUUUAAAUCGAUUCAAAAUGGAAUAAUCCAUAGUCCAUCAUUGUCUAAACAUUUUCAUUGGUUUCUAUUGUGUUUCUCAAUUCAAACAUACACAUUUAAACGCCAUAUUUUAUUCGUUUAGUAAUAUUUCACAAAACGUGGGCUACAAAUGAAAAUAAAAACUCCUAAAAAUCAAAUGUUAUUUCAUAAGUAUUAUACACAAAGUUUAAUCGGGUCAAAAUAUAUUUAAAAAUAAAAAAAAAUACUCCUUUCGGCUCGAU